AUGGUCGACAUCCACCGCCUCCACCUUCUUGCUGCACCAAGCUACCUCCGCCAUCGACCACCAAGCUCACGCGCACUCGACGCCAGCACCACGGCGCUAGACCCCUUGAGCAGCCACGCGCCCAGCACAACAAAACUGCGGCCCUCUGCGCCGCUGCCCCCUGCUGCCAUCCCACCGGAGAAGACGAGCAGCCCCGCCAGAUCCAUGCCGCGCCACCCCCUCGCCACAGCAGCGCGCCCGAGCCGCCCCUUGCCACCGGAGGCCACUGCCGAGCGCCAGAUCAGACGCGAGCACGUUCACCACGCUCACCGCGCACACCACGCGACGGCCCGAGCCGAUCCGCACCUCCGCCGUGCACUAGCCACCCGCACGGGGCCUCCCCAGCCGUGCGCCCACCACUGCACCAGAUCCGGGCACGAGGGCCCGGAUCCACCGCCCCGCGCCGGAGGAGAGGAUCUCCCGACCACCGGCGCCGCUCGCAGGACGAACCCCGCGCUGGCUCCCGCACAAACCAGCCACGGGUGCGCCCACACCUUGAAGAAGACGAAGCCCCGUCGCCGCCGCCGCUGCCACACGGCCUUUGACCGGCGGCGCACCCUGGUGGCGGCGAGGGGGAGGACGGCAAGGGAGCGGCUGCUGGCGGCUGCUAGUUUCGCCGCCCGUGUCGCCCGUGCGGAGCGACGCGUGGCCGAACGGGGGAUUAUGUUUUAA